UUUGGUUCGAUAUGGUGGGUGGCUUAACCGUGAAUCCAAAGGGUGCAAAAACAGUCCAUGUUCGAACAACUGGGAAUGAUAAAAAUAGAUUUACCAUUGUCUUGACAUGUUUUGCAGACAGUAGGAAGCUCCCCCCUGUUAUUAUCUUUAAAGGAAAGACUUGGCCCAGUACCACCUCACCACCUUCAGCUGGUGUAGUAGUUUGGUUCCAAGAAAAAGGAUGGAUGGAUGAGUUAGGAAUGACACAUAUCACAGAUCGAGCUAAAGGUGAGUUGCGCUCAGGAAAUACUAACUUGGCUGUUAUUCUCGGGAUGGCAAACGGUGGCAAUGGUAUUACUAAGAAGAGAAACUUGAAGCGUGCUGAUCUGAAUAUGAUGUGUCACUGGGUUUUGAAUACGUGGAAAGAUGUUUCCGAAGACAUUAUCGGCCGAGCAUUUAAAAGUAUG